AUGUCAGCUGGCGCCCUCGUCAGGGCGGCGCGGCAGCAGGGCCAGCGCCGCCUGCUUGCGUGGCGGCAGGCGGUGGCAGAUGUGCGGCUGCAGCAGCCGACGGCGGGCGAGGAGGCCCACAACACGCCACAUAGCGGUUUGCAGCUGCGCGGAUUUGCGAUAGGCAGGGCGUGGCGGCCGCGGCGCAAGGACGUCAUGCCAGACCGCAACCUGCCGGCCCGCAACGAGCAGAUCAAAGCAAAAGAGGUGCGGGUCGUGUUCCCUGUCGAGGAGGACAAGCCAGCAGAGGUGCUGCCCAUCAGGACCGCCAUCAACCUGGCCAAGGCCCAAGGGCUGGACCUGGUGAUGGUCAGCCCCCGGGCGCAGCCCCCAGUGGCGCGCCUGGUGGAGUGGAGCAAGGUGCUGUACGAGCAGCAGAAGCGGGAGAAGGCGGCCACCAAGGCCAAGCUGGCGCAGCAGCGGGCGGCGGUGGCGCGCGAGGUACGCAUCGGCUGCCAGAUCGCGGAGCACGACCUGGCGGUGAAGAUGGCGCAGGCGCGGCGCUUUCUGGAGGAUGGCAGCCCGCUGCGCCUGGUGGUGACCUUCAAGGGGGGCCAGCAGGUCGCGCUGGGGCGUGAUGUGGCGCUCUACCUCAUCGGCCAGCUGACAGACCUGUGCACCAUCAAGGACCAGAAGCAGCUGCAGAAGCCGUUGAAAAACCAGUGGGCUGUGGUGCUGGUGCCCAUCCCGCCCGCCGCACUCACCAAGCCGCCGGCCAAGCAGCAGCAGCAGCAGCAGCAGCAGACGGCAGCGCAGCAAGACAAGCAGCCCGAGGCUGAUGCUCAGGAGGAGGAGGGCGCAGCCGGGGCGCCGCACGUGCAGGCGGCGGCGGCGCAGUAG